AUGAUCAGGGCGUGCUUUUGUGAAAUUUUUAAAGAACCAGAAGACGAAAUAUAUGUGUCCUCCAUCGCUGAACAAAAAAAACCUACAUUGAGCUCAAUUCAACAACACCUAGCAUUCUACACCUUUCCGUCUCCAAGAAACACUCCUUUGUAUGGGAAUAUAAUCCCAGAUUUGCUGAUGGCGCCUUUGACCUGCCUCUUUGGACUUGAUAUCGACAAUUUCAGCUCGCCAGAUGGCCUCUUGGCCAAGACCGAGCUCAACCUUCCCGUUUUGGGAGAAGAAAUGCACAGGUCAAUUCUUCCUGUGUGA